AAUUUUAAUUGAAAAAUCUUGAAUUUCUCGAUCCAAAAACGUGCCAAGAACAAACACAGCGUAACACAAUACAUGCACACGAACUAAUGCACACCUAUUUCCCAAGUAGACGCCGGUUUCCCGCGAUAUUAUUUUACGGUCUAUCCAGUGGAUAUUCGCAGAGAUUUCAGUUAGAUUAGAGAACCAUAUUGGUCCGAGUUGGACAAAAAUUGAUGUUCCACCAAUGAACGAACGACUAUACGCAAGGGCAACGUAUAUUUGUAACUCGAGUUACGUAUCUACUUUCGGGGUGACGUUAAUUCACACUGUUAUACGCACGAACUUGAUGCACCACGUUUUUAGAAAACGAAAAUUAUGGACAACAUGUCAAAAACAAAUUCGGGCUUAAGUAAUGAAAAUUUAUCAGCCCCAUCAUCUUCAACAUUCAUACAAGGACAUAAGAAGAAAUCAGUUCCUCAGCAAAAGAAAGAGAAAGUUAAUCGUAUUCAGAUAAAAAAGAAUCGUACAUCAAAAUUUGUGGGUUAUUCAAGAAGACAAUUCAACCGCAUAAUCAAUAAUGAAGUUAAGAAUGAUUGCCAGUCUCUUCAAAAUAUUGGGGAAAAAAUUAAUACUUCGAAAGAAGCAGCCAGUUCUAUAAAUUUAAUUUCAUCAAAUUUAGGAAAUUGUAGCAAGCAAACAAUAGCUGCACCAUUAUUGUCUAGUAGAUUAAAGAAAUAUGUAGCAGAUGAUUUUAGCACUUCAGAAUCUGAUGACGAGGAGAAAUCUUUUAUGAAAUUGCAUCAGAUAAAUUCCGUAGACGACAAAGAAGUUUUUAUCACUGACGAAAAUUUUAGCAAGAAAACAGAAAAUCCAUCACUAAUUUCUAAUACAAUAAAUACAUUUGCAACGGACGCUUUCAGUACUUCUGAAUCUGAUAUAGAUGAUCUUCCACCAUCUUCUUCUUUUAAAUUCAACUCGAUAAAUUCUUUAGACAAGGAAUUCUUUCAUUUCGAUAAAAGCACUGACUCAGAUUCUUCAUUAGAUCUAAGCGAAUUUGAAAAUCAAAAUUUAUCAGACGAAGCCAAUAGCAAUAUACUUGAUUCUGAAUCAGAUGAAGAAGAAAAUGAUGAAAUCGAUGAGCAAAAUGACAAAAAACAAAAUUUUUUUAUUAAUAUUUUACGUGAUUGGGCAUUAGUAUACAAAGUCACCUUAGCGGCACUAACGGCAUUACUGAUAAUUUUAAGGAAUCACACUGAACACUCUUAUUUACCACUGGACGCGAGAACAUUAUUAAAAACAGAGCAACGCACCGAAACAUCUCAAAUUAGUAAUGGUGAAUAUCUACAUUUUGGACUCGAAAGAGCCGUUAGAUCCAUUCUUCGUGACUAUGAAAGAAAAGGCAUAAGAAUGAAACAAAUAAAGUUAGGUAUAAAUGUGGACGGUUUAGAGAUUUUUAAGUCCAGUAGAGAAGGAUUGUGGCUUAUUUCUUGCUCGGAAAUUAAUUCAAAAGAAGUGUAUCCUGUGGGGGCCUUUUUUGGCAAAGGAAAGCCUGACAAUGCUAACGAAUUUUUAAAACAAUUUGUGGACGAAGCUACAAAGCUGAUAAAUUAUGGAUUACAAGAAGAAGAUGUUAGUGUAUCAAUUGAAUUUUUAUGUUGCGACACUCCGGCAAAAGCUUUUGUUUUAUAUUUAAAAGGUCAUACAGGAUAUGACAGUUGCUCCAAGUGUAAUAUAGGUGGAGUUUAUGUUAAAAGUAAUCCAUCCAAAAAAAAUGCCAAAAAGAAUGGUCAAAUUUGUUUCCCUGGUACUGGUCCCUUUACAUUGAAAUCUGAUAGUGACGAAUUGGAAUUAAAUGUUCGUCCGAUUAUAGCAGACCUUCCACGAUUUGGUUUUAUAUCUUCCGUUCCCUUGGAUUAUAUGCACCUAAUUCUGUUAGGUGUCGUAAAAUGGUUAAUAACACUUUGGGUGAAAGGACCACUCACUGUCAGACUGCCGAUGAACAAAAUAAAUAAAAUUUCCAAAAUGUUAUUAAUCUUACGUCAUAGUACUCCUGUCGAAUUUGCAAGACGUCCAAGGGGACUUUUCGACUACGCUCACUGGAAGGCUACGGAAUUUAGAACAUUUCAUCUUUAUACAGGUCCUAUUGUUUUAAAAAAUGUCUUAUCACCUGAUGUAUAUGCACAUUUUUUACUUUUGCACGUUGCAAUAACAAUUUUAGUAAAUGAUAAUCACAUUAGUAGUAUAGUAAGGGGGCUACGACCCCAGUUACCGACCGAGCAGCGUCAAAACUCUUCAAAUAAUGAAGAGGAACAUGUUUCUUACAAAAUAAAACGGACAAGAUGGGAUGUACCACGGUACAUUCUAGUCCCAUCAAAAUCGGAAGCUGCGUGCACCGUGAAAAAAUGUGCAGAUGAAAAUUGUGAAGAGGAUUAUGUUCCUGUAAAAGUACGCUACACAAGGUGGGAUGUACCUAGAUAUAUUCAGAUGCCAAUGACAUCAACAUCGGAAGCUACGUGCGAACUGUAUUAUCACCCAACACCAAAAGAAUUGUUAACCGUAGAUAACAAAAAUCAUGAAGUUCAGCCUCAAGAACAACUUCUAUUCGAAAGAGAAAUUGAAAUUGACAAUCUUCUGCCUGAAUUAGAUUAUUCUUUGGAAGAACUACUUAUAGUUGAAAAAUUAUGUAAUGAAGAAGUUGAUAACACCAGUAAAGAAGAAUUUGAUUUCGAAGAAUUGUUUGCAUUUGUAGACGAAAUUGCACAAGGUUUUGUGUGA